CGGCGAGUGCAGCCCACUGGACUUCAGGAGGGGAUGGCCAGGGGAAGCCCUUCCGCCUCUGAGGCACGGAACUUCCUCUUGGGACACAGGGCAGCAGGCGCCUGGCUCCCGCUCCCACCGCAGCCAGCCUGGCACUGGCAUUCCGGAACGCCAGGCUCCAAGGAGGCAGCUGGGACAGAGCCGCGAUGGAGACACCGCGGAGCAGUGUCACAGUGCUGCUGUCAGUGCUGCUCCUGGCUUCACUCCCGGUCUCCCGGGCUCAGGAGAGCUGCACCGGGCCGGCGGCCAUCCCUGGCAUUCCAGGCAUCCCUGGGUUACCUGGCACAGAUGGCCUACCUGGGGUACCCGGGACAAAAGGAGACACAGGAUUCCCAGGGCUAGCUGGAGACCAUGGUGAGUUCGGAGAGAAGGGGGACCCAGGGACUCCUGGGAACCCAGGAAAAGUUGGCCCCAAGGGUCCCCCUGGCCCUAAAGGCGCCCCAGGCCCCCCUGGACUCCGUGGUGCCAAGGGCGAGUCAGGUGACUACCAGGCCACACAGAAAAUCGCCUUCUCCGCGCUGAGGGCCACCAGCAUGCUCCUGCGCCGGGGACAAGCCAUCCGCUUCGAAAACGUGAUCACCAACGCCAACGGCAACUACGAGCCGCGCAGCGGCAAGUUCACCUGCAGGGUGCCGGGGCUCUACUACUUCACCUACCAUGCCAGCUCCCGCGGGAACCUGUGUGUGAAUCUCAUGCGGGGCCGGGACUCCGGGCAGAAGGUGGUGACCUUCUGUGACUACGCCCAGAACACCUUCCAGGUGACCACGGGCGGCGUGGUCCUCAAGCUGGAGCAAGGGGAGACAGUCUACCUGCAGGCCACCGACAAGAACUCCCUGCUGGGCAUCGAGGGUGCCAACAGCAUUUUUUCUGGAUUCCUGCUCUUCCCCAAUGUGGCGGCAUGAGGACCGGGCCACUCUGUACCACCCCUCGUCACCCCCUCCCCGCAACGUCACCCCUGGCCCCACCCAAAGCAUGGAGCAGAGCUCUGGGAAUGCUGAAUGAACGAAUGCAUCCAUGAAUGAGUAAAUAAACUCUUCAAGACC